CCAUUUCUUCUAACUUUCUCGACGUAAAUGCGUUUGAGAGCACAACGGUUAUGCUGGCAUACUCUGCCAUAUCGCUAUUCACAUUCGAGUUGCGAAGCAAAACCGAACCGGUUGCCGGUGUUGCCGGCUGCGUUCGGAUGUGACUCCUGGAACUCGACAUCGAGUACCAGACCACCCACCAGACCGCCGUCCUGCUUCGUUGUAACUCCGAGGCGCAACCUGUGGACUUCUGUGGCUGUCAUGGAAAGCGAACAAACAGAAAAUGUUGAACAGGUGGAACAGGGUGCACGGCCCGACCGUGCCGAUGCCGAUCGGAACAAGUCCAGAGCUGUGGAGGAACUCCUCAAAAUUCGCACCGAAUCCGAAAUCACAAUCGAAGCCACCGUCGACACCGGCUUUGAAUUCAUGGCCAUUGAAGAGUGUCGGGAUAAAUUUGGACAAGAUUUCCACGUCUUGAAAGAGCGUGGGAGUAUCAUGUUCAAUAUUGCUAAGGAAAAGUUUCCUGAGGUGAUGAAGUUGAGAUCUGUGGACAAUCUGUAUCAAGUGCUUAGCUUUGACCCUAAAAUGGAUUUGAAAGGGACCAACUCUGCUGAGGAUGUUGCGAUUGCCAAGAAGCAGGCUCAUACUCCUGAUUGGGACAAGUGGUUGAAUGUAUGGAAAGAACUGUCUGGUUUUGAGGGGAUCGUGAAGCCUACACCCGAACAGUAUGCUGCUGCCAAUGAAAGAGCCACAAAAGAUAAGGAAGCUGAGAAGAUUCGUACAGCAGAAAGACAAAAGAAAUAUAAAGAACGUCAAGAACGCAAUGCUGAAAAGCGAGCCAAGCGCAAGGCUAAGGCAGACCUUUUGAGAGCUCAAAGGGAUGCAGCUCGUAAGGCUGCUGCUGUCGAGAACAAGGAUGAAGGUGCGAAUGAAACAUCAAAGGCUGUUGACACUGCCAGUGAUGCCGCUGCUGAUGAGAAUAUUGUAGAGGAAAAAACUGAUGAGCCUGUGGGUACCGAUAACAUAGAAUCUGAGUUAGAAAAGGUGUCCAUGGCAUCUUCAGAUACUCAAAGGGAGACAGAGGAAACAACUCUGGAGGAUUCUGCUUCAGGAGUGACAACUGAAGUUGAAGGAACUGCUGAUGGGGCUGAUUCGGAAGAUGAAAUACAGUCGCUACCAGAUUAUGAGAGGGAAAUUGAGAGGGAGAUUGAUGCGGAUGUUCCUUCAAGUGAGAGAGUUCUACGGUUCAGAGCUACGUGUUUCCGUGUAGGCAAACACUCAUUUGGUUCUAUGGAAGUGGCUCGUGAGUUUGGUGGAGAGCUCCAAGAUAAAUUUAAUUGGGUGGUAGAUCUUGUUAAUUUCAAUGCAGAGAUUGUUUUGUUCCUCUUUAAGGACUCUGCUCAAGUUAGUAUAGCACUUACUAAACGAUCCCUCCAUCGUCGAAAUAUUUCAUUCUUUGGUCCAACCACUCUUCGCUCAACAGUUUGUCACAAUCUUCUACGCUUGGCUGAUAUUCAGCAAGGUGACAUUGUGUUGGAUCCUCUAGCUGGUGGAGGUUCUAUUCCCAUUGAGGGUGCUAUGAGUUUUCCUGGGACAUUCCACAUUGGUGGUGAUAUCCAUCCCAAAGCUUGCUCCCGAUUUUAUUCAAAUGUGCGUUGUCUGCAAGAGGAGGAAGGCAGAGAACUUCCCAUUGGUACUGUUCGCUGGGAUUCUCGACGAUUGCCACUCAAUGAAGGGAGUGUUGAUGUUAUAGUCACAGAUUUGCCCUUUGGAGUUCGCUUAGGUAGUAAAACUUCAAAUCGCAAUUUGUAUCAGCGUGUCUUACUUGAAAUGGCAAGGGUUGCCCGUCCUGGCAAAGGUCGGGCGAUUCUCCUCACCCAGGAUCGCAAGAGUUUUUCUAUGGCAUUGGUUAACACCAUGGGCUUGUGGUGGCAAAGCAAAGUGAUGUCAGCUAACAUUGGUGGACUGGAUGCAGCUGUAUUUACACUUCGUCGCACAGCCAAAAUUAGACCUGAUGAGGCUGAACUGGCAGCAGCUGCAGCCCAAGCCAAGGAACGUGGAAGCUGGCGUGAAGGGCCCUACACUGGCGGUCAUGGUCAUAGAGGGCGCGGUGGCCAGAGGGGCCGUGGCAGGGGCGGUGGCAGGGGCCGUCCCUACCCUCGCGGCAACAGGCAGUCCAACAACAGUGGCAACUGGAGGGAUGCUGGCAAGAAUGAUGGGGCUCCCAACCCAACUGCUGCUAUUUAGGCAGCAGGCAGCCCCAGCCCAGGUGACAUCCCCGGUUGUAAUACAGUUCAGUGCUCCU